ACAACGAUGAAUAACCUAAAUUCUAAAUCCUAAAUUUCAAUUCAAAAAUACCCCUACUACGAAGCUUCGCUCAAAAUUUCUUCUAAAUAAUUGGACCUUUGUUUAAAAUGUGAGAUGAUUGUUAGAUAUACAUAUACAUACGCAUAUACAUUAAGAGACUUGAGAUAAAAGUAUAAUAAGAAAAAAUGUGCGAUCGUUCGGAUAACAUUAAUCAUCUAUACAGAGUAAAUCAAAACACGUGCUACCCAUCGAGCCGAGAAAAUCUUUCGUUUUUGGAAGAAUCGCAAAGCUCUCAGAGAAAUGAGAAAAAGCGAUUUAACGAAUCGUUGACGGAUUUUAAUACAGAUUGUAACAAUAAUUUGGAUAGACCAUCGAAUACUGGAUUUAAGCUCGAUAUAAUUUCAUUGGAGGAUAUAAUAUUUCGAGACGAGAUCGAUAGUCCAAACAGGUGCAACCUUAAGAAAAUAGAUCAAUCGAUACCAGGUAUUAACGUAGGACGACACUUGAACAGAUCAUCGAAGUUGAAGAAAAAUCGAUCGAAACGUAAAUGGAAAAGACAAUAUCGAAAUGAAAUUCCUCGAAUAAUUAAGAGAGAUGCGAGUAAAAUGAUCGAAAGGGAUAACGAGAAUUUCGACAGUCAUUAUCCAGCAAAUUAUUCGUCAUUCGACGUCAGAGGAUUCAAAUCAACGAGCAAAAUUAAACUCUCCAACGAUUGUCCCCAUUGCCGUUCUCCAUCUUUUUCCUUGAACAUUCCCAAUACCAAUUCACAAGUUUAUAAGAAUCCCGAAGCUUAUUUGAACGAUCGCGAGCUAUCUUAUAAAACGAAUAUGAAUUCCUGCAAGAAUUGCAAGAAUUUUAGUUACUCUUCGAUUAUGGAGAAAUAUCCCGAAUCUUUCGAUUGGACGACCUACGAAAAUGUCGAUCAUUCGUCGAACUUAGAAGCUUGUUGUUGUUCGAAAAAAAGCGGGGUCUGUUCUCGAGAGUGUACGCCAUCGAAAGCUAGUCUCUUUGUAGAAACCGGCGAGAGUACGCUCGAAUUUUCUACAAGCUGGUCCUCGAACACGAAUCUACCGAAUGUCUGUCCCUGUUCGAACGAAUCGUCUAUAAUCAGAGAACAUUCGACGAUGAACGAAGAUGUUCAACGGGAUGAUGGCCCAUUCGAGAAGGAGGAGCAUGCAAUGACCGACAAGUGCAGAACUCGUUGUAAAAGCAGAGAAUUCGAGCUCGAACCUUGCUGCAGUCGUUUCACUGCAAAGGAAAAAUGUUCUUCCGUUGAGAACGCGACUUGGAGUCAACUCGAAAAGGUAGAAUCGAAAGCACGACGGCCGGAUUACGAUUGGAGAGAGAAUAUUCGAUGGAGAGACGUCGGUACGAGUUCUAACGUUCAUUCGGAUACUAAGAGAGCACGCUGUUACGAAUCACAGAUGAGGAAUACACCGGAAGAAGACAAGAAUCCAAAGUGCAGCCAACGUUCAUUGUUCGGGGAUUUCGAGAUAGGAAAAGUUUGGUCUCAUAUACAGGAUAGUUGCAAGAAUUUGGUACAAUCGGCGAUAACGAACAUCGGCCAGGCGAUAAAGGAUAUGUCCAAAUCGAAAGAUACGCCUGAGGACAAGGGAAACGAAAUUUCGGAUAGCUUAUUGAGAAAUUCGAAAGUAUUCUUUGAUAAAGAAUGUCCAGAAUCAUGUGAAAAGGGGGAAUAGAGAAAAUAUGUUAAAAAUAAAUAAGAAGAUACAGCUUUGAUAUAUCGUAUUUUUUUCUUUUUAUUCUAAAAUAUUACAAGAUAUAAAUAGAG